UAUUUCGUUCGCACCGAAAAAUGCGUCAUAUAAAUGUCGCAAUCCGACAACGUCGCAUUUGGUCUCAAUUGUUUGUAUAUCGUUUCGCCAUUGUUUGCGUUCACUUAUUCGCGACGGUCCGCGCGUUAAUUUAAGCACGAAAACGCACCCACUCUCGACUAGCAAAUUCGCCCGCGAGCUUAAGCGAACCUGUAGAUGGCGCUGGCGUCCGACAUCUUUCUGCCGUUUUUAAAUGAUGUAGCUGCAAUGUCACGAAGAGAAAGAAAAAAAGUGGGGGACGAUUUUUUGUUUAUUUUUUUCGUUUGAAAUGAAAAGAACAUUUGGGAUUUGAUCCUCGAAACUCCGAAAUGGACACCUUCGCAGGACCGUGGUAAAACCCAUCCCAACAUUAUUAAUUAAUAUUUGUAGAAAAUUCGUAUAUAUUACGGAGGAAUUUAACUGUGAUCCUUCCAGUAAGUACGUAUUUAUGUGCCUGAUUCUCGAGCUUUGACCCUACGACGCUGUUUUCACUGGAUAGUUCAAAGGGUAAGGGUAAGUACCUGUACUCUAUUUAUCUUACAUGUAAAUUUGAAAAUAAUCAUUUUAUCUUGUGUGCCUGAAAACCCCUCCUUUUGGGACAAGUAAUUGGUUUUCGCGCUUGAUUUACAUCAGAUUAUAGCCAAAAGAGGCAUUUUCAUAACUUACCGGACUGAAAUCUACAUUAAAACGGCAGGUGACUACUUAUAAACUCACUUUCUUGGAUUGAUCGUAUGUUUUGCUUCCCCAUUUCAAACAGAUUCCAGUGAAAAUCGGCUCUUCCGACACAUAUCUUAUCUAAAUCGGCAUCAAAACAGCAGAUAUCAGCUUAAACUAUCCAACAGUUACAUUCUCAUGUCAAUAUCUUUCAAAUACUAGUCAAUAUCGACGUCUUCGGGCUUUAUAAUAACGAAAACCGUAAUAAACCAUUAGAUAUCGACGUAAAACCCCUUUUCUUACACAAAUAGUUGCAGAUUUCGAUUAGAUCCCAGUCAGAAUCUGCUUUUUCGCAUCUUAUUGUACCGAAAUCCUAUUUAGAAAUGCAGAUAUGUACUGAAAACCCCUCCUUUGGGACAAAUAAUUGGUUUUGGCGCUUGAUUGACAGCAGAUUAUAGUCAAACCCAGCAUUUUCAUAACUUACCAUACUGAAAUAUACAUUAAAACUGCAGAUGACUACUUAAAAACCCACUACAUAUCAAGACAGCAGAUAUCAGCUUAACCUAUCAUUUUUUGAUCCAAACAGUUACAUUUUCGUGUCAAUAUCUUUCAAAAAAUCGGCGUCUUCGUGCUUUAUAGUAACGAAAACCGUAAUAAACCAUUAGAUAUCGACGUAAAACCUCCUUUCUGACACAAAUAGUUGCAGAUUUCGAUUAGAUCCCAGUCAGAAUCUGCUUUUUCGCCUCUUAUUGUACCGAAAUCCUAUUUAGAAAUGCAGAUAUGUACUGAAAACCCCUCCGGAUGCUAAACAAACUGUUUUCAAUGUUUACAAUUUUAUAAGAAAUUCGGAAGUAGGAGCAGCAAUAAAAACAAGUGACAUGACCAAAGUUCCGAACUCAACUGUAAGAAAAAUUGUUGCAAAUAGGAUAGUCCACAGGAAUAUUUAAUAUUUUGUCUAUUAAUAAUGAUAUUACUUAGAAAUGUAAUGAAAUAGAACGUAAUAAAUUGUUACUUUAUACUAAUUUUUUUAGGUACAUGUUUCAAGAAUUGCUCGGCGCAAAAGAUUGAAAACAUACUUAUAUUCCGUUUGUUAGUAUAGGAUAAAUUCCUAGGACGGUCCUGGACUGGUUACGGCCCGUCGCCGGCCCCAAUCAGGUCCAACUGACGGACAAGAUGAGCCUGAACACCCUCAUCGAGGCCGCCCGCUUCCUCGAGCUGCAGGAACAGCAGCAACAACACCACCGCGCCACCUUGGAGACGGCACUUUCGACCAUCAGACCUGUUGCGGGGAACGGCGGGCAGUUGCAAAAUGGGCAAAACGGUAUUCCGAUGCAGACUAUCACUUUGCAACCUGUUAAAACGGUUACCCUGAACAACGCCGCGAUAACGUCGCCCGGAGUGGCCCAUCAACAACAACCUAUCGCUCAGCCGACCCAAACCGUGGUUAUUUCCAGCAACAAUAUUUCAUCCACUCUCCUACAAGGUCCAAUCUCAUUUUCCACAGCUUCUAGUCCGACGACGUCGUCCCCUUCCCAACUGGGCAGCACCACCCAGUUUCAACAGAACAAGAAGAUCGAGCAAGACGGUCACAUUUCCAGUACGACCUUGCCGCAAAACCAAAGGCACCGAGUGCUGAAUAACUCUUUCGAUAUAAUGAAUCCGUUGGUGAUCGAUGAAAGUGCUUCGUCCGACCAAAAGAAACUGAAACAGCCUCCCAUGGUUUUUCGAUCUGGGACGCGGGAGGUACACAACAAGCUAGAGAAACACCGCAGGGCUCACCUGAAAGAGUGCUUCGACAUUUUAAAGAAGCAGCUCCCGUCCAACGGCGAGGAGAAGAAAACCUCGAACCUGAGCAUCCUCCAUUCGGCGCUGAGGUACAUCCAGUCGCUGAAACGGCGGGAGAGAGAGCUGGAGCACGAAAUGGAACGGCUGGCCCGCGAAAAAAUCGGCAACCAACAGCGGCUGGCUGUAUUGAAAAAGGAAAUCGCCCUGCAUUACGACAACGUCGACUUUUCCAAGAUCCUGCCGGACAUCGUGCCCGGUACCUCGACCGCUAGCAGCGAACAGGUGUCUAGCCGCUCCGUGGGUCAAAUGAACGCGGAAGGCCAGAGCGACGCGACCAUUCACACGGAGUCGAACGGAAUCGCACAGAAGGGCGGCAACACGGUGAUUGCCACGAACGGGGACAAGGUUGCCAUUCCUAUUUUAUCGAAAACGUUGCCCAUUCAGGCCCCCGUGACGACAAUCAAAGAGGUCACCCAGCCGGUCCAGACCGCUGGGAUAUCGGUCCUGCCCAUGACGUAUCCCGUCAACCAAGGUUUGGUCCUGCAAAAGGUGGCAAUCGUGCCGCACAAAGGGCUGACUGACUUGACGCCGCUUGUCUCUACGCAUUUCAUCACCACGCCCCAACAAUUGAACGGUAUCAACGGGCAGAUCAACGGGAAGGUAGUACCGUUGACGCAGUACUUGGUGAAGCCGGUGGUUGUGGUGAGUACGGCUAGUCCGCGACCCGGAAGCUAGUACGCAGACGGCGGGGGCGGAGAUGACCUUCGAAUGGGGAGGCGGGGCACCGAGCUUCGACGUAGCGGCGGAAACACCAAAAAGCAAAAUCGAAAAGUGAUAUUUUACAUUGAGAGAGAGCGUUAUUUUUUGAAUGGUUUUUAUUUAUUUUCUUUUUUUUUAUGUAUAAAUGAAGGUAUAUUUUUAGCCGUUUGACUAUGUGGGUUGCGGAGGUCGUCCACGGAUCUAUUUUAUUGUUCCAUUUCCGUUUGCGCCCUUCUUUUUUUUUCUCCAAAUAGUGGAUGCUUGUUCGACUGGUAGGGUAAAAUCAAAAAAAAAGUUAAACAUUAAUUAAUGUUAUUAAAAAAUAUAUAUAUUAAUUUACAGGAAAAAGAACAAAAAAAAAUACUGCACUAGCAUUAACCUUAAGAACAUUUUAUUUAAAGUUUAAAAUUUUUGUAAGAGACCGUGUGGCGGGAGGAUCGGGUGGAGGAGGAGGAUAUUUGUUGACUGACCUGUACAUAUACUGCGAUCGUUAGAGUAGGGCGGGGUUCAGAACCUGUAUUCGUUUAGAUCUCUUUAUGUGUAAUUUUUUUAUUAUUUCAUUUGUACAUAGGUCUCAGAUAUAAAGGGGAACGCAAAUUUACUCGUUUGAAUUAUAUUAUCGUCAGAAAAGUAGUUCAAACAAACUUAUCACUCAUGUCAUAUUUAAGAGACUCUGUAUUUAAUCUUAUUAAUAAUUGAUGAUGCGUAACAGACAUCAGAUCCCUAGUAGUUUAAAUGACCCCAACCGUGAUUUUCCCGGUUCACUAAAGAUAAGUAGUUCACAUAGUCUAAUGAACCUCCAAAAAUGUUUCAGUGCUCAUUACAAAAAUCCCAUUAUGUAUCAAAAAGUAAUUCAAAUGCCCUUCUUGUAAAGUUCAGACAGCUCUACCGGCUUUAUCUUUGGUGGGAAGUAGUUCAUAUGACUCAAGAGUCUGCCGCUUAACUUUUUUUGCGGUGGCUUUGUAGUUUUUUAUUUUUUGAACAAGUAAAUUUGCUGUUCCUACACAGGGUGAAUUACCGGUACGUUCCGGAAGAUCGUGUGAAGACAAGGUCCGUUUCUGUGUAGUCCACACUUUGUAUACCUAUUACUUCGCAGGUAGUGACAAAAAAAAAAGGUUAAAAGAUACAAAAUGACCGAUUAAAUAAAAAGGGAUGCGUGAAUGACGGAAGCGGGCGCACUUUAAAACCUGUACAUAAUAAUUUUAUUUGUAUAUAAAACAUAACUUAUCCAGAACUUUUGUAAAUAUUUUUCUCUGAGAAAAAUGUAUAAAAAAAGAAUCAAGUAGAGAUUAUUGUAUAUACAUAAAAAGAAGAAACUCAGUUGUAUUGAGAAAGAUGUAUUAAAAAUUAUAUAUAGAAAAACUUAAAAGA